CAAUGUGGCAGCAGUGCAGCUGCUGUCCGUUGUCGUGACUGCCGACCACAACCAUUCUUUUGUGCUGAUUGUGAUGUCAGUAUACACCGAAACCAUGUGUUCCACAACAGGGAUGCAACAAUAGCUGGAUUCUUUCAGCCAUUGCCUCCAACAACCUGUGUCGUGGAGAGGGCUCUUUCCCAGUGUGUGUGUAUUGUGCCGUUGGAGAUUCCCAAAAAAAUAUGUAGUUGUUCUCCGGGAUCGUUGAGUGUCAACACAGGAAAAGUUGUUGCUGUGGUUACAAUGAAUGGACGAUAUGAUCUCAGUAUGCCUGAGAUGAAAUGUGAGGCAUGCAAAGCCACAUGGAGCGCUGGAGUGGAUGACUUAGUCCGUAAUGACUACUGGCCUGCUACCCUUCACUUUUCCACGGUGUACGCUACAGAUGUUUUUUGUUCUUAUGAAGAAUUGAAGAUGGCAGCACCAGGACUGUCCUGCCAAGCAUUCUUAAGAAUGCUUGAUCAACGAACUGUCCGCUUUGGCCGUACUGGGAAGAUCACAGCAGACAGCUUCAGAAAAAGCUUUUUGGAGUGGGAGGCUGUUAGAUUUGAAGUGGAUAAGAUCUGCAGGGAGGAGCAUUUUAUCUGUCCUGCAUGCACCCCAGACAUGCUUGCUGUUUCUGUGGACGGAAAUCACAAGCACUACCGCUUUAAGAACGCAGCAAGAUCUGAAGAACAAGCCUUAUUUGAUGGCAUCUUCAUUGCAAAAGAUGAUGAAGUAGAAAGAUUUGUGGAUUACAUUCAUUCCAACACCAACCAUGUCUCUGGAAGAGGUGUCUGUGGAGGGGAGUGGUCAGCUGCCAGGGAAACUUCUCAGAGAUCCUCUAGUAAAAUUGAUGAGGAGGGACUUGAGCUUGCGGUCUGUCGACAUGGAGUUUUUCUCGGCGCUCUCAACAUGUUCAGGGGAGAAAUAUAUGCUUAUCCCCUCUACCUGCAGAACAAGCUGGCAAAUAAGUCAAUAAGCUUUUUUGCCAUGGAUGUAACCUGCAAGUACUGGCCCUACCUCAACAAAGUGACAAAAAGCUGCCCGGAGCUCCAGCACCUUCUGAGCAUGAAACCAUUCCUCUCAGUGUUUCAUGCCAAAGCCCAUGAUUUUAAAUGCGAGGUUAAAUGGAGUGGAGCUUACCAGCAAGGGGCCGGAUUGACACUUGGGGAGGAGGUUGAGCAGUGUAACGCCUUCCUCUCUAGGAUUGCUGUGACUACAAAGCACAUGUCCAAAGCAGGACGUACAGACAUGCUUACACUGAUGGCCAUGCGCUGGAAUCAGCAAAAGUUUAAUAACUUGGCUGCUUCACUUGCCUGCCGAUAUCAGAAGGCCGCAAAAAGCCUGGAAAGCCAACUUCAGGAUCUGGAAAGCAUGAAAAUCCAGCUGGCAGUGACACAGGUUGAAGUUGAGGGCUGGGUCACUGAUAUUAAGGAGUGGGCAGAAGGUGAUAGUUAUACUAUUAUUUCAAUGUCUCAGUUCUGCAGAAUAAUGGGAGACAUGCUUCUGCAAGUAAUUACUGUUUUAAAAUGAAAUCAUACAUACACUGUUUUCUUGGUCAUUUACUUGUGCAGUUAAAAUGCCAAAUUUUAGUAUGUAGUGCAUGCACACUGGAAAUCAUGUCAAAACAAAGUGCCCUGAAAGUACCUGAAUGGUGCACAGUCCAAAAGUUGGAACAUUGGACAUUUCGGUGACAUUCAACACUUUAUUUUAAGGUGUCCUUCUUAGAGUGUAAUUAUACAUUUAAAUACGGAGUAAUAUUAAUUAACUACAUGUACUUACUAUAGGAUUAGGGUAGGAUUAGGAUUUGGUUGAGGGUUAGUUACAUGUAAUUAUGCAUAAUUU